UUCUAACUGAUAAGUUGUAUGAUAUCCUGUCUCACUCUCACUUAUAAGUUAUAGAGCCUAAGUUUUUAUUUUAUCAGUCGUCCGAUAGGCGUUUUGUUUAUUAAUUUUCGUAGUUGCGGCUAACAGAAAAAACCUGUGAUUAGAAUUAAAUUACGAAUGUUAAAAAUUCAAAAUUUCGGCAACGGCAAACAUUAAAUUUUGCUGAUUUGGUGUUUCUUAAUAAAUAAUUUUUUGUAUUGCUUGUUGAACAUUUCAGGAGUAAAUGGCUUCGUUUAACCCGACAACAGCCAUAGAUGAUAGCAAACCUAAUGGCAAAAGAAAAUGGAAUGAAACGCACACAGAUAUUGACAAUGCUAAAGAAGAUGAAGACGAUACUAAUAAUUCAGAGAUGGAGCAAGGGUAUCAAGAACUUUGCAAAACGCAACCAACUAUUCUAGUUGAACAUUUCGAACCAAUGAAACCACUUGAAGAAGACGAACUAAUGGAAGCAUCAUUAACAACAGAUCGAAAACAAGUAAUAGUUGGUAUUUGUGCAAUGAAAAAAAAAAGUUUUUCAAAACCAAUGAAAGAAAUUCUCAACAGACUUGCUGAAUUCGAGUACCUCAAAAUGAUUGUAUUUGAAGAAGAGCUACUUUUAAAACCUAUCGAAGAAUGGCCUAUUUGUGAUUGUCUUAUUUCUUUCCAUUCUAAAGGUUUUCCAUUAGAAAAAGCUAUUAGGUAUGCUGAGCUGAGAAAUCCUCUAGUUAUUAAUCAUCUACCUACUCAAUUUGCUUUACAAGAUAGAAGACAAGUUUAUUCAAUUUUGGAGUCUGAAGGAAUUUUAAUUCCUAGAUAUGCUGUUUUAGAUAGAGAAUCACAGGAUCCUAAUUUGCAUGAGCUCAUUGAAUCAGAAGAUCAUGUUGAAAUAAAUGGAGUAGUGUUUAACAAACCAUUUGUCGAAAAACCAGUAUCAGCUGAGGAUCAUAAUAUUUAUAUUUACUAUCCCACUUCAGCAGGAGGAGGUAGUCAACGAUUAUUUCGAAAAAUAGGCAGUCGUAGUAGUGUGUAUUCACCUGAAUCUAGAGUUCGAAAGACCGGUUCCUUUAUUUAUGAAGAUUUUAUGCCAACUGAUGGUACUGAUGUUAAAGUUUAUACAGUAGGGCCUGAUUAUGCACAUGCAGAAGCUCGAAAGUCGCCAGCUUUAGAUGGUAAAGUUGAAAGAGACGCUGAAGGUAAAGAAAUUAGGUAUCCUAUUAUUCUUAGCAAUUCAGAAAAAAUGAUAUCUCGUAAAGUAUGUCUUGCAUUUAAGCAAACAGUUUGUGGUUUUGAUUUACUGCGAGCAAAUGGAAAGUCAUUCGUUUGUGAUGUUAAUGGUUUCAGUUUUGUAAAGAAUUCAAAUAAAUACUAUGACGAUUGUGCUAAAAUAUUAGGCAAUAUGAUUCUAAGAGAACUUGCACCAACUCUUCACAUUCCAUGGUCAGUUCCUUUCCAGUUAGAUGAUCCACCCAUAGUGCCAACAACUGUAGGUAAGAUGAUGGAGCUCCGAUGUGUAGUAGCUGUAAUCAGACACGGCGAUCGAACGCCCAAACAGAAAAUGAAGGUUGAAGUAAGACAUUCCAAGUUUUUUGACGUUUUUGAAAGGUAUGGAGGUAAAACUAAGGGAGAAGUUAAACUCAAACAUCCUAAACAAUUACAAGAAGUAUUAGACAUUGCUAGAGCAUUAUUAGAAGAGAUAGAACAAAACGCAGCCAAUCAAGAAUUAGAAGAAAAAAAAAGAAAAUUAGAACAAUUAAAAAGCGUUUUAGAAAUGUAUGGUCACUUUUCUGGAAUUAAUCGAAAAGUACAAAUGAAAUAUCAACCGCACGGACGACCCAGAAAAGAACAGUCUGUAGAUUUCAAACAAGAUCCCUCUUUAGUAUUAAUACUGAAAUGGGGAGGUGAAUUAACUCCAGCUGGACGCGUGCAAGCUGAAAAGCUUGGUCAGAUUUUUAGAUGCAUGUAUCCUGGAGGGCAGGGUAGAAAUUCUGACACUCAGGGGCUAGGUUUGUUAAGAUUACAUUCAACGUUUAGACACGAUUUAAAAAUAUAUGCCAGCGAUGAAGGUAGAGUACAAAUGACAGCAGCGGCGUUUGCAAAAGGGCUACUAGCACUUGAAGGUGAAUUAACACCUAUUUUAGUUCAGAUGGUUAAGAGCGCUAAUACUAAUGGAUUGCUUGACAACGAUCACGAUUCCAGUGAGCAACAAAAUAUGACAAAAGAACAGCUUCAUCGUUUGAUGCAAAAUGACCGUGAAUUUACUGCGGAAGAUCGUUCCAUGAUAAAUCCGUGUCAUGCUAUUAGUAUCGAUGAAGCAAUAGACUACGUAAAAAAUCCUGUACAAUGCUGUGAAAUUGUACAAGAGCUGAUUCAAAAGCUGGUAGCUGUAGUAGAAUCUAAAAAGGACGAUCCUAAGAAAGCAGACACAGUAUUAUACCAUGGUGAGACAUGGGAACUUAUGGGCCAACGGUGGUCAAAAAUCGAAAAAGAUUUUUACACGAAAAACAAAAAAUUUGAUAUUUCAAAAAUACCAGAUAUAUAUGAUUGCAUCAAAUAUGACUUGCAACACAAUCAGAGAACGUUACAAUUUGAAGAAGCUGAGGAAUUAUAUACUUAUGCUAAAUAUCUGGCCGAUAUUGUUAUUCCUCAGGAGUAUGGUCUUGAUGUCACUGAAAAAGUGACCAUUAGUCAGGGAAUAUGUACACCGUUGUUACGCAAACUUAAAUCAGAUUUACAACGCAAUGUCGAGGAACCAUGUGAAGAGGCCGAAGAUGACGAAACUGUCAACCGAUUGAAUCCUACAUACUCGUACGGAGUUCUAAGUCCCAGACGGCACGUUAGAUCUCGGCUAUACUUCACCAGUGAAAGUCAUAUUCACUCACUUCUGUCAAUACUUCGAUUUGGCGGCCUCCUCGACGUCAAUAACGAUGAACAAUGGCGCCGUGCCAUGGAAUACGUUAGUAUCGUAUCAGAACUUAAUUAUAUGACUCAGAUUGUAAUUAUGUUGUAUGAAGAUCCUACUAAAGACGUAACGUCCGAAGAACGAUUUCACGUUGAAUUGCAUUUCAGUCCAGGUGUAAAUUGCUGUGUACGCAAAAAUCUACCACCUGGACCUGGAUUUCGACCUCAAACAGGUGGUAAUUUCAAAGCAAAACAAAAAGAUUACGAAGAAGAUGAUUCUCUAGACGAAGAUGAGGGUCAUAGUAGGUUUUCAGUGACUGAACCGCAAAAUGAAGAAGAAGAUCAUAGUCGGUUUUCUAUUACUGAAGAUGAAAAUAAAAAAGAUACUCCAGAACAGCAAAUAUUUUCGGAAGAUGACACAUGUGACGGACCCCCAAAGUUUAAAUUUUGUCAGCCACAAAAUGCCACUGCAAAACGACAUAGUUACUUCUCGCACCUUUUUUCUGCUUCACCGCCAACUAGUAGCUUAUUCAGUACAGCCGUUAUUAGUGGCUCGUCUAGUACCUCAGACUUGCAUGAUCUAAUGACUGGGCCGUCCAGUUACGCUGGUUCUAUUAUUGGCUGUGAUGGUGUACCACCAAUUAGACCUUUAGAAACAUUACAUAAUUCGCUGUCACUUAAUCAAGUAAUCACUUUCUUUGAUAAUGUGAUCAAUCAACAAACAGACCCUUCGGGCCAGCCCCCAGACGACCAAUCACUCCUCGAUUGAUUAAGGGCUCAUUCUCUU